GGAAACAAAGACACCUACAUCUUGGAUGCCCUUGAGAUCUCUAAAGGGUGUGGAAAUACAUAUUAACCAGUCCAACUGGUAUCAGUUAAACUGCACCUGUCAGCUGAGGAAGACACAGAAAGGCAGCGGAGCUUUAACAGGCUUAAAAAUGGCUCUUCUCACUGUUUUGUGUUCGGCAGUUCUCCUCUGUGCUGUUGUUGUACCUGCCUGGGGCGCAGACAAACACUCCCUGUACUACAUUUACACAGCAUUGUCCAAACCUGUCGAACUGCCAGGCAUCUAUGACUUCACAGCUAUGGGUCUGUUAGAUGACAGACAGAUUGACUAUUACAAUAGCAAGGAAAAGAAAAAGAUUCCCACACAGCACUGGAUGAAAGAGAAAAUGCAGGAGGAUUACUGGGAUAAAGGCACCCAGUCAAGAAAGAGCAAGGAACAGUGGUUUAAUGUGAAUGUCAAAAUUCUGAUGGAGCGUAUGGGACACAAUAAUGAUUCAGAUGUUCAUGUUCUUCAGUGGAGACAUGGGUGUGAAAUUAAUCAAGAGGGAACUGAAGUGAAGUUUUCCAAAGGCAUUGAUGAGUACAGUUAUGAUGGCGACAACUUCCUGUCUUUUGAUGAUAAAGAGUCUCAGUGGGUUGCCCCAGUUGUUGCAGCUCAGCCAACCAAGCGGAAAUGGGAUAAGGUGCCCAUCCUAAACCAGUACACCAAGGGCUACCUGGAAAAAGAGUGUGUGGACUGGCUCAACAAAUUCAGAGAAUAUGGAGAUGAGGCGGUUAAAAAAGGCUCUCCUCCAGUGGUUUAUGCGUUUGCGAGAAGGUCUACCAGAGACAAAACUAAGCUGAAACUCACCUGUCUGGCCACUGGUUUCUACCCCAAAGAUGUGACAUUGACCAUGAACAGAUAUCGCACAGCCCUGCAUGAGGAUGAGAUUGAAUCCACAGGAAUCAGACCAAACCAUGAUGGAACCUUUCAGUUGAGCAAGAGUGUGGAGAUCAAGGCGGAUGACAAAGCAGAAUAUGACUGUUCUGUGUCCCACAGAACUCUCAGAGAACCAAUUGUUCGCAAAUGGGAUGGAGACUGUCCAAACUGCAAUGAUGGCUCUUUCCCGGGGAUUGAAAUUGGGAUUGGAGCUGCAGUUGUAGCAGCUUUGAUUUCAGCGCUCUGCUUUUACCUUCAUAAGACUAAAAGAUUUUGUUUCAGGAAUGCAAGGCAAGAAUCUAAAAGCAAGAACGAUCAUCCCAGAGAUGAAAAGACUGUUGUUUUACUGCCAGUUGUGGGAGACAAAGCUGGAAGUGAGAGAAGCUCAAAUGACUCUGGAAAAGGGAGUGAUUUAAGUAUCGACAUUCCUACUAACUCUCAGGAGCAUGUGGACAAGAUGGACUCCAGUGGCAAGAACAUGGCAGAAAAUCAUGAACUGCUACCAUAGAACAACCCUUGAUAUGAAGGCGGAGCAUCAUGGAAAAUUUGUAGUGGCAGAUUGUGUUUUUUUUCCUGUCCUGACCAUAUUUUUGGUGGGGGGUUGUUGGUGAAUUGCUGAAUUAUAUUUUCUCUCUCAUAUUUCAUUUUGUUUAAAAAUACUUUUUUAAUAGAUUUUUUCUUUUUUAGAUCAAGUGCUCAUGUAUGUAAAAUACAUUUAUAUGAAAAGAACUCAUUUUACAGAUGUAUUAUUAUCACUAUUAUUGCUACUUUCAAAGGGACAGGAUAAACCUUUUUAAAAAUAUUUUUUAAUUGCAAUGAAAAAAUUCCUGAGCAUACCUGAUAAAUAAAUCCCAAUAACUACGCUGAACACAAAUAGAAAUUAGAUCUAUUCUUUUAAACUCUUGAAUAUCUUGUGAAAUAUUGAUAAUGUAGUGGCGCAUUGUUAGUGUAGUGUUUUACAUUAACUGAUUAAUAAACGGAUUUGAUUUAUAUAAUUAUACAAUGUUGAUUACAAUAAUUUUCACUAGUACUGUUAUCAUAAACGUUGUGUCAAUAUGCUAUGGGGAUUUAUGUGGCACAGGGCUGUGUGCCUGUCAGUCGUUCUUGUAUCAAAAAAACCCAAACAAAAACACAUUCAGUCAGGCUGUCUUUUCAUUCAUAGCAUCGCAUCAAUGGAGCUCAAUACCCCCAUUAAUUAGAGAGUCCACAUCCUAUUACUCAUUUAAGAUUAAUGUUAAGAAAUGGCUUAUACACUGUCAGCAUUGAUGCUGGUCCAAUUCACCAAAAAUAAAUAUCUAUUUUUAUUUUAUUUUAUGUGCUCAUGUUUAUUCGAUUAUUUGUGAUUUUAACGCAGUCUUUUUUGUGUGUGUGUGCUUAUUGUAUAAAGAAUUCUAUUGCAUUGUAACAAUUUAUUAUUUUUGGAUGCCCAAUAACAUCUGGCAAGGGGACUGCUGACGAAAACUAACUCGGGUGCACUUACAUUUGUUUUGAAUGUUGAUCAGUGUACAUUGUCCCUUUUCAAAUAAACAAAUGAAAUCAA